GUACGGUGGGCGAGUUCACUGUCAGCAAUGGGUCGCAGGUGUUUACGCUGUGUGCACAGAGCGACAAGCAACGGCGCGAGUGGCUGGUAGCCUUGGGCAGUGCCAAAGCGCACGACCGUGCCGAGGCAGCCCCGCUUGCCACGUUACUACGAGCCUACUCAGCUAACCAGAGCGUCGCAUCACUUCAGCGCGAGAGAGAGGCUGAGUCAAGUGACGAUCCAUUGAAGAACAGAGAUUUAGAUACGAAUGCGGAUGCCGAACGGUGUCAGGAAGGAGAGACUGGAAGGGUUGGGGAAGGUCUGGAGAGUCUCGAGGCCGUCAAGGAGAAAGAGAAAGUAGGCGGAAGCGACGAUG